UGUAUGCAUGCUAGAACAGCUGUUCGACUAAAAACCAUUUACCUGGGCAAACAUAAAGCGAUUAAUGCAAUAAACAAAACUAAAAUGCAGGAAUUUUCGGCUAAGCGUGACGCAUUGUUCGCAUGCCUCGAUGAUGCAAGCAAAGAACUGAGGGGGACUGCCUUGGAUCAGAGCAAGGCCAAGUCGUUUUCCAUCAACGCUCUCGAUCGGGGAAACAAAUCCGGAAAUGGGUCCGGAUCCGGACAGGUGAUGAACUACCGCCACGGCCGUAGCAUUGAUGUUGGCCUCGAUUCGGAGGAUGGCAGAUUACGGCGAAUGCGGGGAAAAGAGAGCAUUUUCAAAAAGCCCGAACUUCCCAUUGGUCGCUGUCUGAAGCCGAGGAAAACUCCAGAUUACCAGGUAAACCCCCACAAAUGGAAGAAGUAUUCCCUGUCCGAUGUCGACAUUUCGGAUCAGAGCAAUUCCGCCGCCGCCCUAUCUUUUCUCCGGCAAAUGGAUGCACAGCGUGAAGCUGAAGGAGAUCAUGACUCCCAUCAUUCAGAUGGAAAAAUAGAGUUCAAGAAAACCAGCAAGCUCAAUCGAAAUCUCAAAAACCUCAAACAACAGGAGAUGGAGGAUGUGGAGCUGGAUAAACCACAGUUAAGAGGCUCCAAACUGGUGAUGCCCGAGUAUGUGAUUGGCCAAAAGUCACAGAAACAAAAGAAAUCCAAGGCCAAAUCGAACCAAAGUCGUGCCACUGGUAAGCUACAACUCUCUCACUUGGCAGAGGAAGAUGAACAGGAUGAAUAGGUUAUAACUUA